CUUCCUCUCUUUCUCUCUCUCUGCUCGCCAACUGUAAUAAAAUGAGUAAGCUCCACCGUGAUACACUUUAUGAGUGCUGUGGUGCUGUCCUCCAAGGAGCUAAGGACAAGAAAAGGAAGUUUGUUGAGACCGUUGAGCUCCAAAUCAGUUUAAAGAACUAUGAUCCUCAGAAGGACAAGCGUUUUAGUGGAACCGUGAAGCUUAAGAAUAUUCCUCGACCGAAGCUCAAGGUCUGUAUUCUUGGUGAUGCCUCACAUUGUGAUGAGGCCAAGGCAAAUGACAUCCCCUGUAUGGAUGCUGAAGCUUUGAAAAAGUUGAACAAGAACAAGAAACUUGUUAAAAAGCUGGCCAAAAAGUAUGAUGCUUUCCUGGCCUCUGACAGUCUCAUCAGACAGAUUCCUCGUAUCCUGGGACCUGGUUUGAACAAAGCUGGCAAGUUUCCCACAGCAUUGACCCACAAUGACAACAUGGUGCAAAAAGUAGAGGAAGUGCGCUCCACCAUCAAGUUUCAAAUGAAGAAGGUUCUCUGUCUUGCUGUGGCUAUUGGUCAUGUUGAGAUGUCUGAUGAGGAACUUGCAGCAAAUGUCUAUCUUGCAGUCAAUUUCUUGGUGUCUUUACUGAAGAAGAACUGGCAAAAUGUACGUGCACUCUAUAUCAAGAGCACCAUGGGAAAACCCCAGCGUCUUUAUUAGGCACUUGAGCAGUACAUGUACUUUCAGUUGUACUAUGAACAGUCAAUAAAAGUGCAUUGAUAUGUUAA